AUGGAGCGGCUGCUGGAAUGCAAACUGGCAGGGGCAACCGCAGUACCCGAAGAAAAACUGCCCCAGUGUCACUUUACCCACCAUGGCCUGAUAUCGAACACGGGCCCUCGCUGUGUGAAGCCUGCGACUAACCGCCUGAGCUUGGACAGAGCUAAUGGAUCAGUCGCAAUCACAGAUAAAGCAAUGGGCCGAUGGGGGAAUCACAGGAGGCACAACAUACAACCCCAUCGUACCAAACACACCGGCGCCCAACAGAGUAUCUCCCUCGCUAUUGGUCGCUACACUAAGGAAUUCUUUGAGGACACAACAAUACAAGGAUUGCGGUACAUUGUUGCUGCCAACACACACCCUCUUGAGACUUUGCUGUGGGCCGCGGUCACUGUGCUGGCGAGUGUGGGCGCCAUGUUUGUGGUUCUACGCAGCUGGGAGCACUAUGUCGCCAACCCCACAGUGCUAUCCCUCGAGAAAGAUUACCGACAGUGGUCCACCCUCUUUCCUGCCGUCACCAUUUGCUUCCUGCAGAACCUCAACCACACCAGAGCAAGGCAGGAAAUCCACAAGAUGUGGGGAAAUGUUGAUGACCACAAGAUGGAGUACUACCUCGGUUUCCUGAAUACCCUGACCAACGCAUCCUUGUACAACUUGCAUGAAUUCGAGAGAUAUGAAAAAGACACAACACUGGAUAAGAUAGGAGACCUUGAAGAUCUAGCCACGAAGGUUCAGAAUCGCCUGCAGCAGUACGACAUCAGCCUCAUGGACGAAGAGACCCGAGUAAAACUGCGACCCACACUCAGCGAACUGGGCCUCUGCUUCACGUGGGGAUCUAGCAUUACCCAUCUCUUUGCGCCGCGGAACGCGUCGCCACCAUCGCCAAGUGAAGAUCUGGUGACGCCGUGUCGCUAUGAAGACUUGCCCCGUGGAAUUCACGUCUCCAGUCUGCCGACUGACUUAAAGCUGUACGUACAUUCCACGGAUGAUAUGCCCUUGAUCCCUAGAAGCAAGCCACACUGGGAGUUCCGAGGUUUUGAACGCGAAGUGUACGUGCAACACAAACAGACUGUCGCUUCACCGGAACUCAGGCGUCUGAACCCGGAGCAGAGACGCUGUCUCUUCCGGGAUGAAGUGAAAUACCAUCAAGUUUCGUCCAGAGAACCUACACUUCCGUUCUACACAUAUAAUCUGUGCAAUAUGGCGUGCAGGCGACGAGCGGCUUCGAGGGUGUGUGGCUGUAUCCCAUUCUUCUAUAGGACUCUGGGUGGAGGGAAAGUCUGCGACGCGAGAGGAAUGGCCUGCCUUUCCAGAUUCAAAAGCAACUUGACUGAAAACGUUCAGUGUUCCUGUUAUGAGACGUGCGAGUUGACACGCUACUCAGUGGAGAGUGACGGCGCAUACCCACUGAUUUCGGAUUACGCGGUUUCCGAACUAUCUGUCCAGUUCUUCGUGGGAAUUAAGACUUUCACUAAGACGCGUCUUAGAAGGGACGUCAUCUACAGCUUCGAAGAUCUUCUGGUGUCUUUUGGAGGAACGGUCAGUUUCUUUCUUGGGUGCAGCGUUCUGAGCGGUCUGGAGUUCGCGUACUACUUUACACUGCGGCUGGGAUGCAAGGUCUGGAUGAGGCACCACAAGAAGAUUACAACACGCCGCCCAGCAGCAGUGCAACAGCCAUCUAUGCGCGUAACACGCUCCAUUGCAGCGUUCGGUACAAUUAAGUCGGCAAAUAUUCCGUGGGCCCAAUAAAUUGGCUUCAUACGCUCUUAAUUGCAUUUAAUUUUGUCUGAAAAAGAAACAAUUAAGAGUAGAUGAAAUUCAGCGGAUGUCUGCUACCAUUCGAUUCAGAACUUUUUGUCUUUCCGUUUGCUGUCUAAAAACGUAAAGACAAAACUAUCAUUUAGAAAACUUUCUGUGUUCUUGGAUGUACUGUCGUAGAUGCCGGUAAAAUUCAAUCGACUUUUCGGAGGAACAUAUCGCCUCCAUCUUCAGGAUCGAAGUGUAAAGCAAGGAAGAAAGCACAGCGUUGCUGCCUAAUGCUUUUUUCCUUUGGAUGUUAUGAUCCUCCGAAACGUCGGUUGACUUUUACCAGACCACAAGGCUUUAUAUCCCAGUCACGGCUGUGAGAACCUCAAAUUUAACAAAACUGUAGUUUUGUAUCGGUGUGGAACCUGGUAAGAGCAUAAACUAAAUCUGAGAAUAUUUGGACGUGACAGGAGGAAGGAGAAAAUUAUACACUGAGGAGGCUGAUAUCAUUCAAAUGAUCAAAUCAAGUACUAUGAGAUGAACAGGCGCAUGUAGCAUGCAUGGCACAGAAGAGAAGUGCUUACAAAUUUCUGUUGGAAAAAUCUCAAGGAAAGAGACAAUUAUGAAAACCUAUGCGAAGAUAGGAAAAUAAUAUUAAAAUGGUUCUUGAAGACAUAGGAUGGGAUUAUAUUAAAUGGAUUCAUCUGGCUCAGGUAA